AUGUCCGUGGUAGGGUCUCUCAUCUUCUGCACACAAUGUGGUAAUCUGUUGGAUAACCCGUCAGCAGUGGAACACUCGGAAAUCGUGUGCCACCAGUGCGGAGCGGGCUACGCCAAGUCCAAGUUUUCCGAUUUGCGAGUCGUAACUCGUACCGCCGACGAUGCUUUCCCAUCUGCUUUGAAAUCCAAGCGGUCCGUGGUCAAGACAUCGCUCAAGAAGAACGAGCUCGAAGAAGGCGCUACUAUCCGCGAAAAGUGCCCCAAGUGCGGAAACGACGAGAUGCACUACCACACGCUACAACUACGGUCGGCCGAUGAAGGUGCCACCGUUUUCUACACAUGCACAGCCUGCGGGUACCGUUUUAGAACCAAUAAUUGA